AUCGCGCACCGCGGACACGUCUUCAAUCACCGUCUGUGUUACCCAUAGCCACAAUGUCUAAGAAAUUCAACGUCGAGAUCCCCUUUCCACCAGACGCCGACUACUCCAGGCAGUCGGCGGAAGUUCCAGGAACGAGAAAGCCGGGCCAAACAGGGCAUUAUCGCACCACGGCGUAUCCGUUACUGACGCUGCAGUCGCCGGGCACUUUUACCACUCUCACCGAGAUCUUCGAUGAGGGUCUCAGCCGCUCCGCGGGGGGACCCCUCUUUGGCCAUCGGCCCUUGCUCUCCCCGAAGCCCCUGCUGUAUGCGCCCCGCUAUGAAUGGGUGUCCUGGCCCCAAGUCAACACGCGCAGGCGCGCAAUUGGCAGCGCCCUUCACAACUUGUUCAGGUCAGGAACGCUUGGAGGCGGUGAAAUGGAGACGGUCGGCAUCUGGAGCCGAAACAUACCAGAAUGGCAAAUCGUCGACCUGGCUUUGCACGCAUACAGCAAGGUCGGCGUCAGCUUAUACGAUACAUUAGGAAAGGACGCUGUAGAAUACAUCAUCAACCAUGCAGAGAUUACAGUUGUAUUUGUGACGCCGGACCAUAUACCAUUCCUUCUCAACCUUGCUCCGCGCGUCCCCAAUCUGAAGCUGAUUGUCUCCCUGCACAAUCUAUCUGCGGAAAGCAAGACCAUUCUUGACGCAUGGGGAAAGGAGAAAAAUAUUCAAGUCAUAAAUCUCCUUGAACUGGAGGAAAUGGGCACUGCGAAUCCUAUCGAACCUAUCACGCCAACGCCGCAUCAGCUUGCGACGAUUUGCUACACGUCUGGCACUACAGGCAAUCCGAAGGGCGUACUGUUGACCCAUGGAAAUUUGACAAAUGCCGUUCAUGCACAACUGUCGGCAUACGACACAACGACAGACAGAUGUGCUAUUUCAUAUCUUCCUUUAGCCCACAUCUACGAGCGAGUUAUGUCUUUGUGUAACGUUGCUGUCGGGGGACGCAUCGGGUUCUCGACAGGCGACCCUUUGCGUCUGCUUGAGGAUAUCCAGAUCCUCAAGCCCACGUUUGUAGCCGCAGUCCCGCGCGUGCUGAAUCGGAUAUACCAGGCUGCUAUGGUGGCGGCAUCGGCACCGGGUCUGAAGGGUAAAUUGUUCAACCUUGCAACGGAAGCCAAGUUGCAUCGGUUGCACGCGACCGGCGUGCGCACACAUGCGCUGUGGGACAGGCUUGUCUUCAGCAAGGUCGCAGCCGCCCUCGGCGGGAAGGUAAUGCUUAUGGCAUGCGGCUCGGCGCCCAUAAGUCCGACUGUUAUGGAUUUCCUACGCAUAGCGUUGUUGUGUGAUAUUCUAGAAGGUUUCUACGGCAUGACAGAGAAUGGUGGUAGCUGCACACAUGUCUGGCCGAACGAUCCAUCGUCCAGUGGCACCGUCGGACCUCCGAUCCCGAACACUGAGCUCAAGCUGAUUGACGUCCCCGCCAUGGGCUACACUGCUGAGGACAAGCCAAAUCCGAGGGGAGAAAUUUGUUUUCGAGGUGACCACACCUUCAAGGGCUAUUAUAAAGAUGAGAAGAACACGAAGGCUACCAUCGAUGACGAAGGUUGGGUACAUACCGGUGAUGUCGGUGAAAUAGAUCAGUGUGGUCGGCUGAAGAUCGUUGAUCGCGUCAAGAACAUCAUGAAAUUGGCACAAGGAGAGUAUGUCGCACUCGAGAACAUCGAGAACGUAUACAGUGCAUGCCCCCUCGUCGCUCAGCUUUUCGUCCACGGUGACUCUCUGCAGUCUUAUCUGCUCGCCGUGGUUGUUCCGGAACCAAUCCAGUUUGCGGCCUUCCUUUCCAAAUUGUACCACAAGACCGUGUCGCCCGAGGACAUAAAGACCCUCGAGCAGGCGACGAAGGACCCGAAGGUGAAUGCAGCCACGCUCGCCGAGUUGUCAAAGGAAGCGCAAUCGCAAAAAUUAAAGGGUUUCGAGAUGAUCAAGCGUAUACACCUUACAAUGGAACCAUUUUCUGUCGAGAACGGCUGUCUCACACCGACCCUCAAAAUUCGCCGGAAGGAGACAUAUGGCAAGUUCAAACGCGAAUUGGAUGCGUUGUAUGACCAGUCAGUGCCGUCGACUUCGAAGCUUUGAUUGUUGCGUGUGGCACAUUGGUAGUCCGCCCAACGUGUUGUUCUCUGUCUUGAGUUUAGACUCUUGUGACCCACUCACUGCUGCAUCUAUAUGCGAUAAUAUUAUUGCCACGACCAGCUACUUAUCAUCGAAA